AUGGCAACUUACGGAAAAGUAGGUCCGUUUGAUGAAGCAGAAGAAAGGUGGACCCAAUGCACCGAACGGCUGGAACAAUAUUUCCUAGCAAAUGAAGUGGCAAACGCCAAAAAGCAGCGGGCAAUAUUUCUCAGCGUAUGUGGCUCGCAAAACAUACGCACUACUAAUUCUAGAUUUACUACAGCCAAAGAAACCGGGUGA